AUGAACGCCCUUCGAUGCCUGCGGCCGGUUGCCGGCCGGAUCCCGUUUCAGCCCUCGACCCUUCCUCGCGUGGUGCGAGCCUACAGCUCCAAGUCGUACGAAUACAUCCAAGUGUCCAUGCCGAAGCCUGGCGUUGGCCAAGGCAUCAAAGUGACGUUGAACCGACCCAAAGCCCUCAACGCCCUGUGCACGCCCCUCAUAAACGAGUUGAACGAGGCCCUCAACGAGCUCAACGCCUCCGAUGACGCCUCCGUCAUCAUCUUGACCGGGUCGCAGAAAGCCUUCGCUGCCGGAGCCGACAUCAAGGAAAUGGCCCCCCUGGCAUUCUCCGAGGCCUACACCAAGUCGUUUAUCGAGUCCUGGUCACUGCUGACGACGCAGAUCAAGAAACCCAUCAUCGCGGCCGUCUCGGGACAUGCGCUCGGCGGCGGCUGCGAGCUGGCCAUGAUGUGUGACCUCAUCUACUGCACGGAUAAUGCCAACUUUGGCCAGCCCGAAAUCAAGCUCGGCACCAUACCGGGAGCGGGUGGCAGCCAGCGACUGACGCGCGCCGUCGGCAAGGCCAAGGCGAUGGAGCUUAUCCUGACCGGAAAGUCCUUUUCGGGCGCCGAAGCCGAGCGAUGGGGCGUCGCCGCCAGGACGUUCCCGACGUACGAGUCGUUGAUGGAGGAGGUGCUGAAGCUCGCCGAGACGAUCGCCGGAUACUCCAAAGUAGCCAUCUUGGCCUGCAAGGAGGUGGUGAACAAGAGCCAAGAUCUGCCGCUGAGGGACGGUGUCGAGUUCGAGAGGCGCGUUUUCCACAGCCUAUUCGGAAGCCAAGAUCAGAAAGUUGGCAUGAAGGCGUUUGCGGAGAAGAAAAAGGCCGAGUGGACGCACUCGUAG